GAAUUGUUUAAAAUUUCCUAUAACAUGUAAAAGCUUUACUGGAGUACCAACAUUCUCAUCUUAGUUGCAAUUUCAUUGAUCUCCCACAAAAAUAAAGAAAUUUCUCAAGUUUGAAAGUUGUACGCUUAAACCCUUCUCAACAACCCACUAUUUUGUUUUGUUUCGUUUAGAAAACUAAAUUUCUGCAAAAUAUAUCUAUCUAUUGAUCACUUCAAGCUUUUGAAUAUUCAUAAUCAUUUCAUUUCUGGGCAAUUUGACUUUUCAGUAUAUGAAAGAUAAUUCUUGAUUCUUGGUUAUCGUUGAAACAGGACAUAUAUUGAAAGUUAAACCCAGAAAAAUAUAGGAGGAAGUUAAAUAUGGCUGGAUUUUCUAAUGACCCAACUCUUGGAAUUCAAGAAACGAAUUCCGAUGAUGAUGGUGGUUGUAAAUUACUUGAAGAGAGGGAAGUAGAAGGAACUUCAAGAACAGAUGAUAAAGAGAAAGAAAAGAGUCCAACUGUUGGAAAUUCAAUUCACAGGUCUUGUUCAAGGCCACAACUUGAUGUUAGUGGUGCUGCUAUUCAAGGGAAUUUUGAGGAGAGAAACCCUACUAUUUUGCUCCCUGAUCAAUAUGAUGAUAUCUCUCAUCUGGCUUUGGACAUUGGAGGAUCCCUAAUCAAGCUAGUCUAUCUUUCAAGAGAUGAGGAUAAAUAUGUUGAAGAUAAGCGGAAGAGGUCAUUGAAGCAAGGAUUUGGUAUUUCAAAUAAAACUUUGGAGAAGCUACCUUGUACUUGGUGGAAGACUUCAUUUUGUGAAGUUUGAGACUACCAAAAUAGAUUAAGUCAAAGAAACUACACUUUGGUGGUAUGUCAUGUUCUCAAGUGUGACUCUUUCUUUAUCUAUUUAUGAGAAGUUUGUAAGAAUAUGCCAUUAAUAUACUAGGGUACCAUUGCACAUAUAUUUGUUCCAGAUUUUGGUGGAGCUAUUGUGGUAAGAUCUCUUUUAUAUACGCAUAUGAUAUCACAAAUAAACCUCUAUGUAUAAUGCAGGGAUCUAGUUGCUCGUUGGCCUUCUAAUGUGAACAAAAAUGUCGUAAUCAAGGUAAUUGUGAUUUUCAAUAUCUUCUCUUGAUUAUUGGGAUCAUCUUAGAGGAUAUGAAUCACUUAGCAUGAUAUUACAUACCCAUCUUACUUUUGGUAAUCUUUAAGGAAGGGAUAUUGCAUAAGUACAUUGCAGGACACCACAUAUAUUGUCCACAUCAAGGGAGGGUAAGAGAGGGUAAAGUCAAUGUCUAAUGUCUUUCUUUUAAUAUUUCAAAUCUUUUAUAGACAAUAUACAAGAUGCUUUCCUACUUGGAUUCUCCAUAAUUAUUGGCAUAUUUUGUACAUUUAUGAUUUACCCAUUUGAAUUUUAUUGGUUGUUCAUCCAUGCAAUGAUUGUAUACACUUCGUGAACUUUUAUUCAAUCAUGUGUCUUAAGAGAAAAUGAGGCUUCUCUUGCUGUUCUACAUGGAGCUUGACGGCAUGACUGAGGUAUGUGCUCUAACAUCUCUUCAUCACAACGAUGUGUCUAAGCAACAUUACCCAAGUUAAUUCUUUGUGCUGGAGGCUAGAUUGUUUACCUUGAUUGAGGGUGUGGUAGCAGCAAACAUAUUUUACUGGAGAUCCCGUGCUUGUGUGGAGCUUUAUCACAAAGGGACGAUUAUUGAGAUUUACAGGAUGAGCCGCAAAAAGAUGCAAAGUAUUCUGAUAUCCUUCUUGAUUGUUUCCCUUUCAUAGCAAACUAGCAAAGUCAAAACACCGUGUAACUAACAAAUAGUCGAAUCCCAUGAUGGGUUUCACUUUUUUCUUAUGGUAUUCGUAAGUGAUUGUUCAAUGAUUGUAGUAAUGACAAUUAGGUAUUAAAACUUUUGUUAAGGUGUGCUUUGACUAAAUAUGACAGUUGCUAAUUUGAGCUUUGUGCAUCAGGUAGAUUAUUAUGACAUAUUUAAGGAGGGAAUGCUUGGAUCUGAUGGCAAGAAGCCACCUGCCCAUGAACGAGCGUUGCUUUUUGUGGAUAAUUCUGGUGCUGACAUUGUCUUAGGGAUCCUUCCCCUUACUAUAGAGCUUCUUCAACAUGGAACUGAAGUGAGUCUGGUUUUACUGAAGAAAAUGAGUGUUUCUUCUUCAUUAGUGUUGUGCGACAGCGGAAGCAAAGAUCGAAAACAAUAAUGAAACAAUAAAGAUUCAAACAAACAAUAAAGAAAAUCACACUGAUAAGUUAACGAGGUUCACUAUCAACGUGAUAGCAAUAUCCACCGGCACCGAAAAUAAACUUUUCACCAUAAACCGGGAUAUUACAAGAUGAACACGAGAAACCACAACAAUGGCUCUCCAAGCUUUUUCUCUCUUAGUUUUCCUCACUUUGUGUUUUGCAUUGCAUCCUCUUCUAAUUCUAAUUACAUGGGGCCUUUAUAUAGUAUACCUUAUAAUAAAAGAAAUUAGGGUUAAGAAAAUACAAAAAACCAUCAAAUAUUAAGAGUAACCGGCCAAAAAC